AUGAAGUGUACUAGAGCAUGUAAAGAAUGUAAAGGGGAGAGCUGUUCAAAUGCUACUGACCUGGUUCAACUUACUGAAAACGCCAACGAAGAUGAAGAAGAUGAUGAUGAUGAUUUUGAUUAUAUUUCGGAAAAAGAGUUAGAAAAGCGAAAUACAAAACGAUUAGCUUACGAGAAAUUCAAACGAUCGAUCUAUGGAUUAGAUGAUACUGAUUCAGAAGAAGAAGAAGAAGAAGAAGAAGAAGGAGAAAAGGAAGAAGAAGAUCAAAUAGAAGAGGAUAAUGCAGUUGAAGAAACGGUGGAAGUCUCUCGGACUUCUAACGUUGAUGAGCCAAAUUUGCGAAAGAGCCAACCUUCCACCUCACAUCAAAGACACCCUGAUCUGUUGGAAUUAUGGGAGUCUGAACUGAAUCAAAAAUUGGUUCCCAAAAAAAAUUAUGUUUGUGAAUUACACUUCAAUGAAGAGGACAUUAUAAAAAGUGAUAAGAUAAAAACGGCCAAUGGUAUCAUUGAAGAGUUAGUGAGGAAAAGAUAUGCACUCAAACAAGGUGCUAUUCCAACUUUGAACCCUAAAAAAUUAAGUGAGAGUAGAAAUACUAAAGAUGUUAAUAGUCCCAAUAGUCCGAGUACUGAACCGGUUGCGAGUGAACCUAAUAAUAUCGUUUAUAUAAAUGAAAAUUGUUCGCAUCAAGAUAGUGAAUUGCAAAUUGACGAAGAUUUUAACAGCAACUAUGUUCGUCUUGAAAACUUUAAUUCAAGAAUAAGCUCUGAAGAAAUUAAUCACGAGAACGAAGAACCGGUAUAUGAAUUACCUAUUUCGGAAGUAAAUAUUGAAAAGUUUUCACUUCAAACAAUUGUAAAUGCAUUAAAAUUUAAUCCUUUACCUGAAAAUUGGAGCUGGACAACCGAUUCGCUAGACUCUAAGAAACUUGUCUUAUGUUAUAUAGACAAAGUUUCUAUGAAAUUGAAGUUUCGCGUUAAAAUUAAUCAAAACUUUAAAGUCUGGCUGACCAACAUUAAAACUGAUAAGUUGAUUGACUUGAACAAAUGUUUUUCAAAUAUAUCCGAUUUCUGGAAUUUUUUAAGAGAAUUGGAGAAAUAUACGUUAUGUGACGGAACUGAAUUUGAUACAGAAAAAUGUUCUUCGGAUUGCACUGGUAUGCCAUUGUCUCAUGAAGAGUACAAAAAGCAAAUGAAUGGUUUUCGUUGUGUAGCUUGUCGAAAAGUAAGACAUAAAUUACAGAAUCAAUCUUAUAAAACCAAGUCUGAUUACAAAGAGCGUUAUGAUAAUUUGAAGUACCAGGAGAGUCUUAAAAAUAAACAAAUUGAACGUCUCCAACGCAAGAAUAAGUUACUCAAAGAAAUAAUUGAUACACAAAAAGCCAAUUGCUUAGCUAUCAAAGAUGAUGCUUUGAGAGCUGAAAUUUCAAUUUUACCUCCUUUACAACAACUUGCAAUACGUGCUUGUUUCAACGCUGCAAAAGUAUCUAAUCCGAAGCAGAGAAGAUAUACGGUACACUUCUAAUCGACGAAGUAGCUUUAAGCGAAGCCAUCAAGUUAAAUCGAAAAACCAUGCAGCUAGAUGGCUUUGUCAAUUUAGGAGCACAUAUACCACAAAAUCUUCAGGACACGAGGGCUGAUCAUGCCCUAGUGUUCAUGUUCCAGCCUUUCCAAGGUGAUUGGGUGCAAGUUGUUGGCAGUUUCCUCAGUAGGAAUUCCGUCACUAGUGCUAUUCAACACAAAUUACUCAUAGAAUGUAUAAUACUAUUGGAAAAUGCUGGGUUUUUUGUGGAUGUUAUUACCUCAGAUGGUGCACAGUGGAAUCGAGGAGCGUGGACACUUUUUGGUAUCAAAGAUGGUCAAUGUAGCUGUGAACAUCCAUGCAACUCUGAUCGAAGACUAUACUUUGUUUCAGACUUUCCACAUUUAAUUAAAUGUUUUAGGAACAAAAUUUUGGAGAAAUUGUUUUUUUGGACACCGGAUGGUUUUGUAAAGAAAAGUCACUGGGAAACUCUGUUAAUUCAUGAAAAUUAUCUCAAAGCCAAUUUGAAAAUAGCUUAUAAACUAACUCCACAACAUUUGAAUCCAGAAGGUUAUCAAAAAAUGAAUGUUCCUUUGGCCUAUCAGUUAUUUUCCAAAGACAUUCAAGUUGCCAUGAAAGUAUAUAAAAAUAACACAGAAGAGCUGAGAGACUGUGACUCUACGAUUGCUUUCAUCGAAAAAGUGAAUAAUUUAAUUCAGGCGAUGAGUUCACGUACCCCUUCAGGUGCUUUGCGUUCAGAUCCGGAGUGUCCUCGAAGAAGGGUAAUAUUCAAUAUAUUAUUAAAGUUUUUAAUAAUUUUUUGCAGUUUUUUCGCAAUAAUAUAGCGAAAAUUGCAAUUUU